AUGGUCUUGGCAUCCUUCAUUCCAGCAAGGUGCUGGAUGGCUCCCGAAAUACCAACAGCAAUGUACAAAUCUGGUGCAACAACCUUACCGGUCUGUCCAACCUGCAGCGAGUUGUCGCAGAAGCCAGCGUCAACUGCAGCUCUGGAAGCUCCGAUGGCUGCGUUCAAUUUUUCGGCCAAUGGGUUGAUGAUCUUGUCGAACUCUUCUUUAUUCUUCAACCCACGGCCACCGGAAACAACAACCUUGGCCGAUCCCAGGUCUGGUCUCUCGCUCUUGACGAUCUCCUCAGACACAAACUCGGCUCCGUUUCCACCCUCGACAAACGAAACGUCCUCGACAGCAACGUCGCUUGCGCUUCCCAGCUCAACUGGAGCGAAAGCAGAGCUUCUCACAGAAACAAGCACUUGGCUGUCCUUGGACUUGACUGUAGCAAGAGCGUUACCGGCAUACGUUGGUCUCACAAAAGUGUCUGUGCUGACCACUUUGAUGAUGUCGGAAACAGGCUGCAAAUCAAGCAGAGCACCCACUCGAGGCAGAAAGUUCUUUCCAACGGCAGACGCAGCAACAACAAAGUUGGUGUACUCGGAGUCUUUCAACAAACUAGCCACUAAUGGAGACACUUGCUCCGGCAAGUAA